AUGGCGGCACGAUUGCUUGUAGAAGCCGGUAGGCCUAUCGCCUAUCAGUUAAUCGAGGCUACAUCUUCGAAACAUGUUAUUCAGGUUGUAGGAUUUGGGAAGCUGAAAUCAAGACUGCAUGGUCAUCACCUGAGACAUGCUAGAAGUCUAUCAACCACACUCCAAGUUUUUAGCACAACUGGAAAGGAUGGUGCUGUGGCUAAAGAUGAAAAGAAACAACCUGCCCAAGAUACUGAGAGUAAAAAGACGGGAGUUGUCCCAAAGGAAGAUGAGAAAGAUGUCUCAAAGCCACAAGUGGUUACCACAGCCAUGGUACCAAAGGAGACAAAGCAGACAACUUUAGCUAAGCUGCAACGCAAAGCUGAAGAGGAAUAUUCUCAAUACAGGGAGAAAUACAUUCCCAUCACUCGGACGUCCAUAGUUCGUCACAUUUUACAGGAAGACAUGCUAAAUGAUGAGGAAAUGAAAAGUUUUGAAGAUUUUGCAUUGUGUCUCGACAAAUCAAUUCGCAACAAAUACCACGGUGUUCUGCAGCAGGCAAAGGCGAUGUUUGACCCGCUGAAUCCUGACAAGGACACCAUCCAGACUCGGACAUGGAAUAAAGCAGAACGAGUAGAUAAUGAGUUCUGGCUGAUGCAGCGCCUGGAGAAAAUAAUGGAGAAAGCUAACUUCCAUGAGCUUCCAAAGUCUGUCCUGACUAAGGCCAUGGAGGAACAUGAAGUUGGACUUGGAGUCCGGGUAAGCCAUGAUUCGUCCAAGUUUGAUGUUCUACGUAUCUGGGCCCUUGGGAAGACUUUACCUAAGGAGAAACCAGCUUUUUAUCUACGAGCCUUUUACUACUUGUUCCCAAGUCAGGCUCCAGGUCCUAUUGAGAGCUUGUACUACAAGCGAGUAGCCCUCGCAAUGAGGUUGAAGAAGGAUCAGAAGCUUUUACUCAAAGGCUUCAAAGACGUGCCCAAAAACUCUCUAGAGAUGCUGAUGCCCGAUGUGAAGAUACGAAUGACAAACUAUGAUAAAUUAUGGCUUGGAGGGUCAGUCAGCAUGUUUGCCAUAAGUCUUAUGAUGAAAACUGUACCGUUUCUCUCAGGGGUACAGAACUGGACUUUAGGUUUGACAGGUGUGACUGUAGCUGUAGGUGGAACAAUGUAUUUCAGGUAUCAGAAUCGUCGCAAUGCCUACCUGGCCGAACUCUUUCAGAUGUUGUAUAGCAAUAACAUUGCAAAUAAUCGGGGCCUUCUCACACUAGUUGUUGACCGAGCAGAGGAUGAGAGCUUCAAAGAGGCCCUGCUUGUGUAUGCAUUUCUCCUGGCCAACCGUCCAGUGAGAGUAAAGAAUAAAGCUAUGGCUGAAAUGGCCCCAGAGGAACUAGGUGGACUGACCCAAGCUGAGUUGAAGAGAAAGAUAGAGGACUGGAUUACAGGUAAAACUGAGGUGAAUGCUGAGUUUGACUCACAGGAGGCCUUGACACUGCUAAAGAACUACGGAAUUGUCCAAGAGAAAGAAAAUAAACUUCACGUUGUUUCCUUAGCAACGGCCAUCCGCAGCAUGCCACAACGUCCGGAUACCCUGCUCAUGCGUGAAUUGGAGUCUGACCGCGUGGAAGACCAUGAUGAUGAGAAAUUCACAUGAUGAUCUGUUGAAAGAUAACCUUUUAUACAUAGGAAUGACUGAAAUAUUUGUGAGAGAAUACUAAAUUGUCCUCUGACAAAAUUUACAUGAUGUCAUAUUUUUAACAAUCUUCUUCGUGAAAUUUCCGUCUAGAUAUGGACUUAUACGGCAAUAGGUAACAUACAGUUUAUCUGUAACCACGGCUACAAGGAAAUUGUGUCAACUAAUAAGUAAUAUACAGUUUAUCUGUAACCACGGCUACAAGGAAAUUGUGUCAACUAAUUGGUAACAGUUUACCUGUAACCACGACUACAAGAAAAAUGUGUGAACUAAGUAUAUAUAUAUAUGUUAAAUGACAUUAGUAGAUAGCUCAAACUCCUAGUCUUUCCUUUCCUGUAUGACAUAGCUACGUAUGCUGGACCUAAUUUUAAACAAAUCAUGAUACAGUUCUGUAUGGUAUGACAUGGUUUCAUGCACAUCUGCUUUACACAAAUUGUCACAACAUACAAAAAUGUCAAUUACCUAGUUGUUUGUGUGAUAUAAAUUGCUGAUAAUUGGGAAGUACUGUGAAUAUAUAGAGAGAGUUACAGAAUGAGUGGUUAUUGUAGAGGGUAUUUGAUAGUGUCUUCAGUAAUAACAAAUAUAUUUCACAAGUGUGUUUAAUGUUUUAGUAUCUUUUACGAUUGUGCUGCUGAAAAUAUGGCAGCAACCUACAACCACCUCUGUUGAUGACACAAAAUGAAAUGUCUGAUGUGUUAGUGCCACAUUCAUGACGUUUGAUUGGGGAUUGGGAUCGAUGUCUGAUAAGGUCAUUUGUGUUGCAUUGUUGGCUGACUACCAAUGUUGUAUUACUAGUAAACAACGCCUUCAGGUUUCUAGUUUUGUGAUUUUUUUGGACCAGGUUUUAUGAUUCGUCAAUUUUAGAAAAUUUUAAAAACACUUUUAUCAAUUAGAUAUUUCUCUAUGUUUCAUUUUUCAAAAAGUUACAAAAACCACUUGCUAAAGUUUGUGUCAUUUGAAAUUUUUUUCAAAAAAACGGAUGAGACUGAAAGAAAUAGCCUAUAACACAACAAGCAUGAGUUUGUGUGACCUGUUUCUGUAACAAACCUGUUUCCAGGAUAGAUUGACCUGUGAGUUUUGUUUAUGGUUAAUGAUAUGACCUGUUGUUGAUAUACAAAAACUGAUAGUUUAAGAAAUAUGUUGAAAUAUUAAUAUAAUUCAUUACAAAUCAUAACAAUGAUUGAUAUCAAUAAUAAUAAAUGGGUUUGUUAUCUUCAAAGCAAUAAAUUGAAAUUCAUUUAGCAAUCAAAUUAUUACAAAAACAAAAGUGAACUCCUUAUUUCAGUAUUUAAUUUCCAUGAAUAUGUGAGGCACUCGUUCUGUCUAAGUUCAACUUCUCAACCAAAUCUGGCUUUCUUUAUCACUAGCCCUCCAUCUCUAGGUCACAGGUUUCAGGCCUACGUGGGGCAGUUGCCUGGUACAGGCCAUAGGUCCCUGGUUUUUCUCUAGGAACUCUUGCUUUCCUCCACGAUCCAAACCUAACACAUCCUUAAAUGACCCUUGUUGUUAAUAGGACGUAAAGCACCAAUAAACUGAACUAAACCAAAUCUCAACCAAUCUAAAGACCGAAAUGUCAAAUACCACUAGUGGUAUACAUCCUAUAUUUAUCCAACUGUCAACACAUUUACACAAUGGUCUGAAAGUGGAAUAAAACAACAUUUGAUGGUAGAAAUAUGUUUACUAAAUGUGAUUGGAUUAGAUCUGUAAUAACUUCCAAUCAAUAUUUAAGUAAUGCUGAUUUGAAACAAAUAAUAGGUUAAGCUGUGCCAAAACAAAUGUGAUUUCCUGUGUUGAAAUGAUAUUACUAGGUUGGCAAUCUUUGAGUGUUACUGAAAUUGUUAAACUGCAUUUGAUCUCAGUUGAUUUAAAUCAAUUUUAUUCUAUACUUGUACAUGUAUUACAGAUAUACCCUUUCUUAAUAAUAUCCAAAGCUGCUGGUAACUAUGAAAUGAUAUGUUUUCAUUCAAAUUUUUAUCAAAAAAUCUCUUUUUUUUUUUUUAAUUUUUUUUUUCGCACUUGAUUUCAUAUACAAAUCUUGUUCACAAAAUCUUCUAGUACCAUAAUACAUGUCAACAUUUAUUUUUUGUUAUUUUGUGGGCACUUAAACUCAUUUUUGGGUUGAAAGUAACCAAGAAAUCAACAGACGUAAAUCCCCCACAAAAAUGCAAAAUUUUAUGGUACAAGAUAUAUAUAUAUAUGAUGAAUCUGUUGUAUGUUUGCUUAGCUUAAGCCCUAAUCUCGCUUAUAUUUCUUAAUUAGUUAUACAAAUUAAAAUUUUACAAGAAUCAGAAUUAUGGAAUUUUAUCCAGAAUGUUUCAGGAAGCUGAAACUCAUUCUGCAUGAACUACUGGAAAACAAGAGAGCUCUGUUCAGAGAGCAUCAAAUCUAGAUGUCCUGUAAGGUCGGGCUUUGAAUCUUAAUCUGGGUACUGCUUUCUAUCAAUCAAAUCUAUGGACGUUUAGCUCUGAUGUUUACAUUAGUUGUAAGUUACCUGUCUGAUGAAUUGCACUUCCCCAUAUUACACUGUAUAGCCGAUUAUUUUUGAAGGAAUGAUAUUACUGUGGUAUAUUAACGUGAUUGCACAAAUUUAUGCAGUGAAGUAACGAGAUGAGUGUGUAUUUGAUGUCUGCUUACAUCCACAUUGUGAAAUGUUUAUUUACAAAUAUAAUUCAUUCCUUUUAGAAGAAGACACAAAAAGCUAUACAGUAUUUCUAACACCAAUUUCUCAGGGAAAGUGUGUUGUAAGAAUCAACAUAGGGAUAAACUCCUAGAAGGUAUGUAAGAUCUUGUGUAUAUACUAGGAUAAGGAAAAUGGUGCCAAAAUGGACAACUCCAGCAAUUCAACAUUUAACAUUCUAACAUUUCAUUGUAUUUUAAGAUAUUUAACGAAAAAAAGGUAGCUUUAUUUUCAUUAUUGUGUGUAGAAAUUGAAUAUAAUGAAAGAUUUGUUAAGAGGCUUUCUGAAAACCAUCUAGCCUUGAUGGUCCUUUAGCAAAUAUUUCCUUUUCGUUAUUUUAGUAUAGAAACUGAGUAUAAAAAAAGAUUUGACUGGAAGUUUACUGAAAACCAUCUAGCAUUGAGAGUCUUUUCACAGAGUGAUGAGGAGGGGAGACAACUCUGAAAAUGAUGGCAUUGGUGAUACCAGAAUAACAUGCCAUUAUAUGAUGUACAUAUUGGUCAUUUCUUCACUUAAUUUGUUAGAAAGGUUGAGAGAACUAGUCUUGUUAUGAAGUAGUGGAGUUUUCAUUAAUAGGUUUUCAGUAAACUGUUGUGAUAUUACUUCAUAGUGAUGGUACUUAUUGUUUAAAACAGUUUUUGAUUUCAACUCUUGGAAUUUUAUGAUAAUUGAGUGAAAUGUUUAAUAAAAUCAGGAAAUCUUA